AUGGUUUUGUCAACUUCUUUGGCUGCGCUCCUCCUGGGAGCGUCAGCCCCUUUCGUCAGCGCCGCUAAGCCCUGCAACAAGCGCGCCACAAACUCGACGGGUGGACUCGUCGCCGCGACAUACUUCGCCGGCUACCACGCCGACCGAGGCUUCCCAGUGUCUUCCAUCCCCUGGGACAAGUACACUGAGAUCAAAUAUGCCUUUGCUGAAACCAGCGCAGACGGCAGCUUGAACCUGACCAAGUCUGCCCCUGAUCAGCUUCCGGUGUUCGUUUCGGACGCCAAGAAAAAUGGCGUGAAGGCACUUGUGUCCAUUGGCGGCUGGACAGGAAGCAGAUUCUUUUCAUCAAACGUCGGUUCCGCGGAGAACAGGACGGCAUUCGUCAAGACCAGCCUGGACCUCGUCAGCCAGUACCAACUGGACGGCCUGGACUUUGACUGGGAGUACCCCAACAAGCAGGGCCUCGGCUGCAACGCCAUCAACGACAACGACACCGCCAACUUCCUCACAUUCCUUCAGGAGCUCCGCCAGACGGCCCCAAACCUGACCCUGACGGCCGCCACCUCCCUGUUCCCCUGGAACGACGCCACCGGCAACAAGUCAACCGAGCUGAGCGGCUUCGCCGACGCGCUCGACUAUCUCAUGAUCAUGAACUACGACAUCUUCGGCGCCUGGGCCACGACCGCGGGGCCCAACGCCGCUCUCGACUCGGCCUGCGACGCCCGCAACAACCAGGGCUCGGGCAAGCUGGGCGUGCAGGGCUGGCUCGACGCCGGCGUGCCCGCCGACAAGCUCGUCCUGGGCCUGGCGGCCUACGGCCACGGCUUCCGCGUCAACGAGACGUCCGCCCUCAACGGCACCGACGCGCUGCAGCUCUACCCGGCCCAGAACUCGAGCGACCGCUUCCAGGGCAGCAGCUGGGACGACGACCCGCCAAUCGACGACUGCGGCAACGCCCAGCCCCACAGCGGCACGUACCCGCUCUGGAGCCUGAUCACCGAGGCCAACGUCCUGGACGAGACGGCCAAGCCCCUCCCUGGCAUUCACUAUACUUUCGACAACUGCAGCCAGACGCCUUUCCUGUGGAACGCCACCAACAACGUCUAUGUGUCCUACGAUGAUGCCGAGUCUAUCACCGCCAAGGGCGAGUACAUCGUGAACACUGGGCUGAAGGGCUUUGCUGUCUGGGAGGCUGGUGGAGACUACAACAACAUUAUUGUUGAUGCCGCCCGCAAGUCGACUGGACUGGCUUGA